AUGGCGAUUUUUUGGAUAUUAUCAGAGCUAAUCUGUGUUUUGAUUUUCAUCAUUAUUGGAACAUAUUUGUAUUACAAAAUAUAUGUUUUCAACUUUUGGAGUAAGAGAGGUGUACCUUACGUGAAACCAAUGUUUCCCGUUGGAAAUCUUCUCGAUGCUAUACUCAAAAGAAAAAUAUUCGGCGAAAUCUUUGCUGAGAUUUACUUCAAGUACAAAAAGUUUCCCUAUAUUGGUACAUUCUCGAUGUACAAACCAAAUCUCGUGAUCAAUGAUCCAGAUUUGAUACGUUUCGUGUUGGCGCAAGGAUUUACAAAUUUUCAAGAUCAUGGAUACUACUGCAACGAAAAGGAUGAUCCGCUUUCGGGAAAUUUGCUUUUAUUGCAUGGGAAAAAAUGGAGAAAUAUGCGCUUACGCUUAUCGCCAACUUUUAAUACGAACGGAAAGAUCAAAUAUAUGUUUGCAAUUUUACGAGACAAAGGAUACGCUUUAGAAGAAUUUCUCGCGUAUAAAGCCGAAAAUAAAAAUGAAAUCGAGAUAAAGGAUAUUGCUUGUAGUUUUUUCAUAGACGUCAUAAUGUCGACUGCCUUUGGGAUAGAAAGCAAUUGUCUUAAGGACCCAAAAUCCGAAUUUAAUCGCUCUGGUAGAAUGUUUUUUUCUACGAAUCUUUUAAAAAAUGUUAUGAUGUUAUUUACCCCUAAAAUAUUGGAUAUAUUUUCAAUACCUGUUAUCGGCAAAAAUAUAUCCGAAUUUUUCAUAAACGUUUUUAAGACCACCGUGGAGUAUCGAAAAGUGAAUAACAUUGUUAGAGACGAUUUCUUAAAUUUGAUAAUACAAAUGAUAGAGAACGGAUAUGUCGAAUAUGAUGAAGGAAAAAAACCUAAUGUACAGAAAAAAGUAAAAAAAUUCACCAUGUUAGAAGGGGUAGCACAUUCAUAUGGUUAUUAUUUGGCUGGCUUUGAGUCUCCAUCAACUACGCUUACUUUCUGUCUUUAUGAGUUAGCCUUGAAUCAAGAUAUUCAACAAAAAGUACACGAUGAGAUUGAUAUGAUUUUAGAGAGACACGACGGCAUUACUAACGAAGCUAUUAACGAAAUGUCUUAUCUUCAAAUGGUUAUAUUAGAAACAUUGAGGAAAUAUCCAACAUUGCCAAUUUUAAAUCGCAUUUGUAAUAAAGAUAUCGAAUUGCCAAAUUAUAAUAUCGUCGUACCCGUAGGCACUAUAAUGUUAAUUCCUGUGCUUGGAAUACAAAGAGAUCCUGAAUAUUAUCCGGAACCGAAUAAAUUUAUUCCGGAACGAUUUACGGACGAAGAAAUUCGUUCUAGGAAUCAAUAUACUUACAUGCCAUUUGGGGAGGGACCAAGAAUAUGUCCUGGUAUACGAUUUGGAAUAGUGGAAAUGAAAAUAGCCCUUGUAAAUGCGUUGAGAAAGUACGAAUAUUUCCCAGGGUCGAAUACUCCAACUGAAAUCAAAUAUUUGAAACGAGGUUUUACGUUAAGUCCAGAAAAUGGAAUACAUUUACAAAUUCAAUUGAGAAACUAACCAACUCAUAUGUUAUC